CGCCGAAGAGGGGGACCCUAUAAAACAGAACCUGCCACCGACCUCAGUCGCUGGCACCUUAGCAGCGAAGAGGGAAGGCAGAGGUGGAAAUACUCCCAAGAAGGUGAAGACCCUGGCCGAACGCAGACUGGCCUGGAAGCCCACUUGUUGGGACUGGACACAAAGAAUUUCUUCAAGGACUUGCCCAAAGCCCACACGGCACAGGAGGGGGCUGUGAACGGCAUGACAUUCUAUGCAGGGCUGCAGGCUGAGGACGGGCACUGGGCGGGUGAUUAUGGCGGCCCACUCUUCCUCCUGCCAGGCCUCCUGAUCACGUGCCACGUGGCCCACAUCCCACUGCAGCCAGGAUACAGAGAAGAGAUGGUGCGGUACCUGCGGUCAGUGCAGCUUCCCGACGGCGGCUGGGGCCUGCACAUUGAGGACAAGUCUACAGUGCUUGGGACAGCCCUCAAUUAUGUGUCUCUAAGGAUCCUGGGUGUGGGGCCUGAUGACCCUGACCUGGUGCGAGCCCGAAACAUUCUUCACAAGAAAGGUGGUGCGACACUCAUCCCCUCCUGGGGCAAGUUCUGGCUGGCUGUGCUGAAUGUGUACAGCUGGGAAGGCCUCAAUAACCUGUUCCCGGAGAUGUGGCUGCUUCCUGAGUGGUUCCCCGCGCACCCCUCCACCAUCUGGUGUCACUGCCGGCAGGUCUAUCUGCCCAUGAGCUACUGCUAUGCCACGCGGCUGAGCUGCGCCACGGACGACCCGCUGGUGCAGAGCCUGCGGCAGGAGCUGUACCCAGAGGACUUUGCCAGCAUUGACUGGCCAGCACAGAGGAACCGCGUGGCACCCGAGGACAUGUACACACCACACAGCUGGCUGCUCCACGUCGUGUUCGCGCUGCUCAAUCUGUACGAGCGCCGGCACAGCACCAUCCUGCGGCAGCGCGCCGUCCAGAAGCUGUACGAGCACAUCGCAGCUGAUGACCGCUUCACUAAGAGCAUCAGCAUCGGCCCGAUCUCCAAGACUAUCAACAUGCUCGUGCGGUGGCGUGUGGAUGGUGCGGCCUCUCCCGCCUUCCAGGAGCACGUGGACAGGAUCCCCGACUACCUCUGGCUGGGACUCGAUGGCAUGAAGAUGCAGGGCACCAACGGCUCGCAGGUCUGGGACACCUCGUUUGCCAUCCAGGCCUUCCUGGAGGCCGGCGCGCACCACAGACCUGAGUUUGAAUCCUGCCUGCAACAGGCCCAUGGUUUCCUCCGCCUCUCACAGAUCGUGGACAAUCCUCCCGACUACCAGAAAUACUACCGCCAGAUGAACAAGGGUGGCUUCCCCUUCAGCACCCGGGACUGUGGCUGGAUCGUCGCAGACUGCACGGCCGAGGGGCUGAAGUCCGUGCUCCUCCUGCAGGAGCAGUGUCCCUUUAUCACUGAGCAUGUGCCCCGCGAGAGGCUGUACGAUGCGGUGGCUGUGUUGCUGAACAUGAGAAAUCCCGAUGGAGGGUUUUCCACCUACGAGACCAAGCGCGGGGGGCGUUUGCUGGAGCUGCUGAACCCCUCAGAGGUCUUUGGGGACAUCAUGAUCGACUACACGUACGUGGAGUGCACCUCGGCUGUCAUGCAGGCACUGAAGCAUUUCCACACACAAUUCCCGGACCACAGGGCGGGCGAGGUCAGGGAGACCCUUGAGCAGGGCCUGGAGUACUGUCGGCGGAAGCAGAGGGCUGACGGCUCCUGGGAAGGCUCCUGGGGGGUCUGUUUCACAUACGGCACCUGGUUUGGGCUGGAGGCAUUUGCCUGCAUGGGGCACAGAUACCAGGACGGGGCGGCCUGCAUGGAGAUCACCCGGGCCUGUGACUUCCUGCUGUGCAGGCAGAUGGAGGAUGGCGGCUGGGGCGAGGACUUUGAGUCCUGUGAGCAGCGGCGCUAUGUGCAAAGCGCCCGGUCCCAGAUCCACUGCACAUGCUGGGCCCUGAUGGGGCUGAUGGCCGUCAGGCACCCUGAUGUCCAGGCCCUGGAGAGGGGAGUUCGAUGUCUGCUUGGAAAACAGCUCCCCAAUGGCGACUGGCCCCAGGAGAACCUCUCAGGGGUCUUCAACAAGUCCUGCGCCAUCAGCUACACAUCCUACAGGAACGUCUUUCCCAUCUGGACCCUGGGCCGCUUCUCCCGCCUGUACCCCAAGAAUGCCCUCGCCAGCCCCCACUGA